CUCCAGCGCCUGCGGUUCUCCAGUGCACUCUCUUUCCUGGAUAUACCGUCUCUGUGACUCAUUCUCUUACAUAGCAAACAAUGCUGCGUGCUUUGAGCUGCCUGGCGCUCCUCGCGGCCGGUGCCGCGCGGCUCGCGGCGGCUGCAGGCGCCACUGACAGCGCCGUCCAGCAGCAGGAGGAGCUGCUGCCGCUGCUGCCGGCGGGGCGCCUGACGCUGCUGCCAUGGGUGUCUCGGGCAUUGGCGGUUCUGGCGCUGCUGCUGGCGCUGCAUGUGCUAGCUGACCCGCUGCAGCGCUGGCGCCUGCGCCAUAUCCCCGGCCCUCCCGCGCUGCCGCUCCUGGGCUCUGUGCCGGCCAUGAUGCGGGCGGGCGGCCCCUUCUUCUUCCGGCAGUGCUUCGCCAAGUACGGUCCCGUGUUCAAGGUUGCCAUGGGCCGCAAGUGGGUGGUGGUGGUGGCGGAUGCGGAGCUCAUGCGUCAGGCGGGCCAGCGGCUGCGCUCCCACGUCAUCAUCGAGCCCAACCUGAACCGCGGCCACCUGCGGCGCCUGGACGCGGAGGGGCUCUUCCAGGCGCACGGCGAGUUCUGGCGGCUGCUGCGCGGCGCCUGGCAGCCCGCCUUCAGCUCCGCCGCGCUGUCCGGCUACCUGCCGCUCAUGUCGGCGUGCGGCCUGAGGCUGGCGCAGCAGCUGCAGGCGGUGGCGGCGGAGGCAGCGGAAAAGAAGGAGGGGGAGGAGGAGGGGAAGGAGGAGGAGGGGAAGGGGGAGGAGAAGCAGGGGGGGCAGGCGGAGGGCGGACAGGCAGAGGGGGUGAGGAAGGGGGAGGGCGGCGGCGCCAGGCCGGCGGCGGGCUACGUGGACGUGUGGCGGGCCCUGGGCGGCAUGACGUUGCAGGUGGUGGGCUCCACCGCAUAUGGCGUCGAGUUCGGCACCCUGACGGCCAGCGGCAAUUACAGAACGGGCACCAAAGACGAGGAGGAGGACGCCGCUGCCGCAGCUACUGCCACCGCCACGGCCGAUGGCGCAGGCGGCGGCGGCAAGUACGGCAGGCGGCUGGCGGUGGCGUGCGGCGACGUGUUCCGUUUCGGCAGCGCACUGCACGGCAGCAUCUACCAGCGCAUUGGGCUCUUACUGCCGGAGCUGGUGCCCGCCCUGGUGCCGCUGGCGCACUCCCUGCCCGACCCGCCCUUCAAGCGCCUGCAGCGGGCCCGCUCUACACUGCUGGCCGCCUGCAUGGAGCUCAUCCGCAGCUGGCGGCAGCAGCACGCCACCACCACACGCACCGCCGGCGGCACCACCGCCACCGGUGUCGCCGCCGCCGCCGAGGCGCCGGCGGCAAUGUGUGGUGCAGCGGUCCCUGCUGCGGCAGCAGCAGUGGACGGGGCGGCUGCUCCGGCAGGCCCCGAGGAAGCCGAUGCUGCUGCCCGCGGCGGUGGUGUGGGUGGCGGCGGCGGCGAUGGCAGCGGUGUGGGCGGCAGCGGUGUGGCUGCCGGCAGCUUCCUGGACCUGAUGCUGGCGGCGCGGGACAAGGCCAACGGCGCGGCGCUGACGGAUCGCAUGGUGGCGGCGCAGGUCCAGACGUUCCUGCUGGCGGGCUACGAGACCACCGCCAACGCACUCGCCUUCGCCAUAUACUGUGUGGCCACACACCCGGAGGUGGAGUCGCGGCUGCUGGCGGAGGUGGACGCAGUGCUGGGGCGGGACAGGCCCCCCACCGAGUCCGACCUGCCGCGCCUGCCCUACACCGAGGCGGUGCUCAACGAGGCCAUGCGGCUGUUCCCGCCCGCACACGCCACCACCCGCAUCGUGGAGGCCGGCGCGCCGCUGCAGCUGGGCGGCGUGUCUCUGCCGCCGCGCACCCCCCUCAUCCUGGCCAUCUACUCGGCCCACCACGACCCAGCCGUGUGGCCCCGACCCGAAGACUUCAUCCCGGAGCGAUUUCUGCCCGCAUCGCCCCUGCAUUCCGAGGUGGCGGCGCGGGUGCCGGGUGCCCACGCGCCGUUCGGCUACGGCAGCCGCAUGUGCAUCGGCUGGAAGUUCGCGAUGCAGGAGGCCAAGCUGGUCCUGGCGCUGCUGUAUCAGCGCCUGCUGUUCCGCCUCCAGCCCGGCCAGGUGCCGCUACCCACAGCCACCGCCCUUACACUGGCGCCCAGGGACGGGCUGUGGGUGCGGCCGGUGCUGCGCCGGGCUGCCAGGGCGGAGUAGCUAGUUGGGGCAGCUCGGGUGCCGCUACAGACAAACGGUGUUGCUGGGGCAUUGUUGCUACGUUUCCGUCCGCUCCGGUUGAUUGUGUGGCCUUUCUGAGUUUGGGCACUUCGACUGCGACCUAGUAUCAAGGCGGUCCGCGUGGAUGGACGCAGCGAUUUGGCCUGAUGUAUGUAGACUUGUUAUUUUGGAAACACGGUGCAUAGCUCAAUCAGACUGACAGCGCUGUUGCAGUGUGGUAUUGGGGUGGACAGGCAGGGGGGGGGGGUUAGUGACUUAGUUCCGACUGGGAAAGGCCCCAUGUCCUAAAACGAAAGAGCUUGACGAGACGAUCCAAAUCCACUUUCACUUCUUUCAGAGUUUUAAUCAGCGUAGUAGUUGCAAAGUUAUGAAUGCGGAUGAGGGGACAGUCCCAGCACCCGAAGACGCCUAGCCAUCACAUGCUAUCAGGGCCCCACUUGACUCCACCAACCCCGACUUUGCUGCAAACUCUCCCGCGGUCAAAGUCCGUGUGGCUCCGCGCACAGGAUUCCAAAGUUUUAAAAGUUGGGGCGGGCUCGUCUUUGCAGCGGGCUCAAUUUUACAGGUAUGCGCGACAAAAUGCACGGUGUUAGGGGGCAAUCGUGCCUGCUCAAGGAAGGAGCAAGUAAGCAAGGUGGUCGCGCGGCUGUGCGCACGGGGCGCGUGGGCGUUUUUGAAUCGGGGGGUUCCCAAGGUUUCGUCACGCGCAUGUGGGUGGGACUGCCAGAUUUCGUCUCCGCGCCCUGAACGCCCCUCUGAACGCUCCGCCCAAUAGCACAAGCACUAGCACACAGUAGCAUGCACAGACUACAGCAUUUGCAGAACGUUUGGCCUCUGGAAAGCGGCCGCAUGUCCGGCCGCAUCGGCGUCGUUGUAGCGUAGAGCUCCACUCGAGCGUCUCUCACUGGUGUCAUGGAGACUAUGCGAGCUGAUGCUAACUUGUAAGGCUUGGUGUGG